UUUAUAUUCCUAACAAUGAUACUGAAAUGGAGUGUUUUAUACCAAUGGUGAAAUGAAGUGUUUUAAGAAAAAGUUGUCAAAGAGAUAAAAAUACGAUAAAAACAAUUUUCUGUGGAAAUAUAUGAUGGCAGGAGAAUCAAUUCCAAUCAAGAGAAAGCUUGGGUACAGUGUCGGGCAUGCUUUCAAUGAUUUAACAGCUUCCAUGUGGUACACAUACCUCAUAGCGUACUUUCAUGAAGUGAAAAACUUCAACGACACCCUGGCAGGUACCCUGAUGAUGAUUGGUCAAUCCGUGGACGCCGUUCUGACCCCAUUGGUUGGUUUGGCUUCAGACAAUAGCAAAUCUGGAUGCUUCAAUAUUGGAAGACGAAAAUCCUGGCAUUUGAUAGGGACGAUUUGUAGCUGCCUUGGAUUUCCUUUCAUCUUUAUACCAUGUUGGUUCUGCGUUGGCGUCCCCGACUGGGCACAAUUUAUAUACUACGUACCUCUUAUUGUUAUAUUCCAAUUUGGAUGGGCGUGUGCCCAAAUUGGUCAUUUAGCUCUGAUCCCUGAAAUGACUUUUUCUGCAGUAGAGAAGGUUCAGUUAAACGGAUGGAGGUAA